GAUUCCACAUGGAUGGAGGGAAAACUAACAGGGUUGGACAGCGGAGGUCCAAGAGAAGAAAAAAUUACUUUAAAGAGACUGGUUAAGGGGAUUAAAGGUUUAAUGAACAGCCUAUUGGAAGCCACAAGUUUGAGGUAGCCUUGUCACAAGGGUGCUCAUGUGAGAGGCUGCCUCCCACACCGAUUACGCACCAAAAACUGAAGUUUGGAUAGAAUUGCCUACUGUCAGGGUGUGGAAGGCAGGAGGAGGACAGCAGGGGGAGACAGGGAGGCCAGCCCCGGCGCCUCGGCAGUGUCACGCAGGUUCGCGCGGAGAAAAAGCGGCUCUGCAUGUGGAGAUCCGUGUGAGGCAGCAGCCUACCUGUUGGAGGGAGACGCAGACGGACGCGCUCACACAGACAGAGGAGCAGGCAGCUGCGCGUGGACCUGCUCACUGCGCGGAGAGCAGAUUCGAACAUGUCUGCCAAACUGUGGCUGUGCGCUUUCCUGGCCGUUUACAGGACGCAAACCUGCCGCGGAUUUAACCUCGAUCAACGCUUCCCUGUGAUCAAAGAGGGGGAAACCAAAGGCAGCUUGUUUGGAUUCUCGGUGGCCUUGCACGAGCAGACGGUGGGCUCCAGACAGCACCUGCUUCUUGUGGGAGCACCCAAAGAAAAAGCCAACGGACUUAAAGAUGUCAAUGAAACCGGAGCUGUUUAUGCCUGCCCUAUAUCCACAACUUUUGAUGACUGCUCCAGGAUGGACCUAGUGACACAACCAAGUUCAUCUGAGAUGGUGGAGGGAAUGUGGCUUGGUGUGACGGUGGCCAGUCAGAAGGGACAUUCAGCAGGCCGUGUGCUGAUGUGUGGACAUCGAUAUGCAAAGAUUGUCACGGGGGGAACAGAGGAGCAGCGGCGGAUGAUCGGAAAGUGUUACGUGAGGAGCAACGACCUGACAUUGGAUGCCACUGACUUCUGGCAGACGGAUAGCUAUGAGGUCUGCAACCCCGGCUAUGACAUGGAAUCUGAGGGCCAGUGCAACCUGGGCAUAUCUGGAGGCAUUGGGUAUACCGACGUCUACCUCGGAGCUGUGGGCAGCUACACGUGGCAAGGAAACGUUCAUGUCAUCUGGAGGAAUCCUGAACCAGAUAACUCAUGGGAGGCAAACGGCAAAGCUUUUGGGGAACUGGACAAUCGAAAUAUCUACAUGGGUUAUUCUGUUCUUGAAGAGCAGAAACUGCUGAAGCAAGACCAAUAUACAGUGGUGACAGGGGCCCCGAGGUUUGAUUCGAGAGGCUCUGUAAUUCUCGGGGAGAUGAGUCAAGCCAAGAUCAGUCUGAUGCAACUUAUUCCUGGGGAACAAGUGGGCUCGUACUUUGGAAGCAGCCUGGCAGCUGCGGAUCUCAACAAUGACGACUGGAAUGAUCUGAUUGUGGGUGCUCCGUUCUACUUUGAACGCCAGAAUCAAAUAGGAGGAGCGGUGUACAUUUUCAUGAACGAGAAUGGCUCCUUCCAGAAUGUCUCCACCAAAGUUCUGAAGGGCCCCGCUUAUUCAGGCUUUGGCUUUGCAGUUGCUGCCAUCGGGGAUGUCAAUCAGGAUGGAUUCCAAGACUUUGCUGUGGGAGCGCCAUUCCAGGAAACGGGGAGGGUCUACAUCUGGAUGGGAAGUAAAAAGGGAAUCUCUGAUAAGUACAGCCAGAUGAUUGAGGGAAAAUCGGUUGGCGACGGUAAUUUUCAAAGUUUUGGCUACUCCAUUGAUGGAGGGAUGGACAUGGAUGGCAACAGCUACCCCGACAUGGUAGUCGGCUCUUUGGAUGACCGCAUUGCUCUGAUCAGAGCACGUCCAGUAAUCCACUUAACCAAAAACUUCACCGUGGAGCCUUUUAUUGUGGAUCCGAAUCAGUGUACUGAUGCUAAACCAUGCAUUUCAGCGACAGUAUGUAUGUCCUUCACACUGAGCAACGGAAACAAAGACUUCAAAAAAAGCAUUGUGGUGGACUACACAAUGGAGGCUGGCGUGGGAGAAUUGCGAAGGCGUGUUUAUUUCCAGGAUGACCGUUCCACAUUUUCUGGAUCUUUAAGCUUGUCGUCCUCCAAAUCGAUCUGUGAAACCCUGAAUGUUUUUGUGAAGACACCUGUGAGGGACAAACUGGACGCUGUGCAUUUUUCCAUCAACAUGUCGCUGCCAGAACAAACCUCAAAGGCCAGGCGCUCCCUGCAGAACUUGGACUCCUUCCCCGUUUUGAGCCAGGAUCAGAAACUUAUCCACAAAGCCGAGAUUCACUUUCAAAAGGAGUGUGGAACUGACAAUAAAUGUAGUAGUAACCUGCAACUCAAGGCCCAAUUUGUUGAUGAGAAAGAAACUCCUUAUCCCAGGAGAGACGGGAUGCAGAUCUUUCAGUACAACAGGAACAUGAGGAUAAUAAUCGGACUGAAGGUGGAUGUGACCAACUUGAAAUCCCCUGGAAAGGUUGCUGAAGAUGCUCACCAGACCAUGCUCAGCGUCACCAUCCCCAACACCCUGAAAUAUGCAGGCGUCAGACCUCCAACAUAUCAGUGCAAUGCCAACGAUGCGAAUGAUGGAGUCCUUUGUGAGAUUGGGAAUCCUCUGAAAGCUGAAGAAAUGACUUCUCUGCGGCUGCUGUUUGAGACAUCAGACAUCGAUCUGAACACAAAUUUGAUCGAGUGUCAGCUGCUUCUGUCAACCGUCAGCGAACAGUCUGACCUGAAGCGCGAGGCGGUGGGCAUUCUGAUCGAAAGCACCAUUCUUCCCUCAUUCUCUGCUAAAGCCUUGUCCGUGGGAACAAAAUUUGGCGGGACGGUGAUGGGCGAGUCAGCGAUGGUCAACACCAGUGACGUCGGCAGUCUCGUGGAGUUCACCUUCAAUGUGGACAUGAAUGAACAACUGCUGGGAGACUUGGGGACGCUAGCUGUGGAGUUUAAGUGGCCCUUUGAGGUAGCAAACGGCAAGUGGCUGCUCUACCUGACGAAGGUUGUUGUCAAGGGAAGAUCGGAAACGGAAUGUGAUGCUGGAGGACUCGUCAACAGUCUCAACCUCUCUCUGUCGCAUAGCCGACCCCAGCGUACCAAACGGCAGGCUGACGAAGACGACGCUAAUGAGAAGUUUCAGAGCCAGACAACCGAGCCGCAAGCUGCAAGCAAACUGCUCACGCUGCCAAAAAAAGAGUCCUACCUGCUGGAUUGCACCCAGGGGACUGCAAAAUGUGUGACUUUCUCCUGCCCGCUGUUGAACAUGUCCAAAACAGCUGAAAUCUACGUCCGCUCAAGGCUGUGGAACAGCACCAUGCUUGAGGACUAUUCCAAUGCCCUGACAGUGACAGUUAAAGGCCAAGCCACACUCUGGCUCAUGGCAAAAAAACCAACUAUCAAAAUGGAAACUCAGACAAUAGAGUUUAAAGUGGUAAUAGAGCCAGAAGAAGGGGUGGAAACGCCCUACGAGCUGCCCCUGUGGAUCAUCAUCUCAGCGGUUGUGGCUGGAGUACUGCUGUUAGCAAUCAUUAUUGCUAUUUUAUGGAAGCUUGGGUUCUUCAAGCGAGCCCUCUACUACCGGAUAAUGCCAAAGCAUCGGGCGGUGAAGAUCCGCAGAGCCGAGCGCUAUCAGUUCAAUCUGGGAUUUCGUCCCGAGGAGCCGCAGAAAAAGUACUGGAUCACCAACUGGACAGAGAUGCAGCAUUUUUACUACUGAGGCCUUUGCUUUGAGCCCUGAACUACUCAGUGCCGCCAGGGCCAAACAAAGAUCAAAGAGCGUGAUCGAGACUUUGCACUUCCUGGACCAACUGCAGAAUGUGCUGCUUCUUUUUAUUUUUAGAGCUCAUCAUUUUUUGUGCAAUAUUCUGAACAAUUAGUUUGAGAGAUUGAGAGAUUUUCUGAAUUCAGAGGCAUAUAAUGGUUUCCAGGGUGCAUUUAAGAGUUAAGUGACCUUAAUUGUUUUAUGAGUUGAACCUUGUUUAUGUUUUCAUUUCUCACAUUUAAUAAGUCAUUUGUUUCCUUACUUUUUUAAGUAAAUUUAAAUUCCUAUUUCUUUGGUGCCCCUAAAGGGACAAAGAAGUUUUUUUUUACUUGUAUGUCCCUUUAGGGUCUCCGUAUUUUUCUGUGCUUUUGCCCACUUCUCAGUUUUCACGCUUCAACCAGGUUUAGAUUUUUAAACCACUUAAAUGUUGGAAUCAAUAUUAACAUAUUGAUCGACUUUACUCUAUGUGUGAACAAAAAUUUUUUUUUCUGGGAGUUUUUGCCAACCGUUUUAAAGACAAGAUGAAAGUAAAUUAUUUGCUGCUUUUAAAAGACAUUGAUUUUUUUAUUACUGUAUAAAUAACCACACUGAAAUAAAUGUCAGUCAAAAAUUCAUUUCUGAACAGCAACAGCUUUUAGAUUUCUGAACAUAGAGCUGCGCUAAAGCAAGAAAACCUAAACAAAUCUGUCACAACACUGGAUUGAAUGUUGUCUGUCGCAUCUGUCGGGAAAAAUGCUGCAAAAUGAAUUGUAAAUAUUAAAAAGCUAAGUGUGCUUUUAUAAAAUUCAA